AUGGGGCCUUUCAGCGCAUUCCUCCUCGUCUACGUUCUUGGUGGGCUUACCUUCAUUCCGCUGCUGCUCAGCUUGCUCGUCCUCCAUGCAUACCUCACUCUCCCCGGCCCGCCAGACAGCGAGUCAAAGACAGAGAAUGCAGACCCGGGCGGCCUCGAGCGAAAGGGAGAUGACCAGUACAGCCUUCUUAACGCCCGCACGGCGGAGCUGGCGGAGAAGUUCCAGCGAGCUCGCGAGGCAGACGUAGCAGCUGGUUACUUCGCCGUGUGCAGAGAAUAUGUGCCCGGAGGAGUGAACGGGAAGCCGCCUGAACGAACGACUCCGGCUGGGGAGGUUAUUGCUACUGAGAGUCCUAGUGUCUACCAGAGCGUUUAUCGAAGCAUCUUUGACCGCAAACAGGCGCCGACUCUGGAUGCGAACAGGGCCAACGGGAGGAACGUCAGAAAGGCCAGGAAUGUAUUUUACGUUAUACUGCGUCAUGGACACCUUAUGCUGUACGAUGACGCCGAGCAGAUCGAGGUUCGAUACGUCAUAUCUCUUGCACACCACAAUGUUAGCAUAUACGGAGGUGGUGAACCGAUACCUGAAGGAGAGCUUUGGAUAAAGAGGAAUGCCAUCUGUCUGUCGAGAAAGGACGAGGGUGAAAAUAUCCCUGGCCCUCGACCCCCUACGCUGCCAUUCUACUUGUUUUCUGAGAACUUGUCUGAAAAGGAAGACUUCUACUUUGCCAUCCUGAACAAUCUGGACAGGGUUCCUGAAUCGAUUGACUCCCCUCCUACGCCUCGACAGUUUGCUACGCAGGACAUGGUGACUCUUGUCCAGCGCUUGCAUUCGUCAGAGGAACAUCUUCAGACUAGGUGGUUCAAUGCCUUGAUCGGCAGGCUAUUUCUAGCCAUGUACAAGACCCCAGAGCUGGAACAGUUUAUUCGCAGCAAGAUAACCAAAAAGAUUUCGAGGGUGAAUAAGCCCAAUUUCAUCACAAAACUCGAGCUCCAGACUAUUCAUUCGGGUGAAGGUGCACCACUCAUCACGAAUCCACGCUUGAAAGACCUCACAGUCAACGGUGAUUGUUGCAUCGAGGCAGAUAUCAACUACAGCGGAAAAUUCCGUGUAGAAAUUGCAGCUACAGCUCGAAUUGACCUUGGAACGAGAUUUAAACCGAGGGAGGUUGAUCUUGUUCUCUCGGUGAUGCUGAAGAAGCUGAAAGGCCAUAUAUUAGUACGCUUUAAACCACCUCCUAGCAAUCGGCUAUGGAUCUCAUUUGAUACGAUGCCCGCCAUGGAGAUGGUCAUAGAACCAAUUGUUAGUUCAAGACAGAUCACAUAUGGCAUUAUCUUGCGUGCAAUUGAAAGCAGAAUCAGAGAAGUUGUUGCUGAAACCCUGGUCCAGCCGUUCUGGGACGAUAUCCCGUUCCUGGAUACAGAGGAGCAGUAUUUCCGUGGUGGUAUAUGGGAAGAGACUCGGAAGGCUGAACCACCACGGGCUGCAGUCGAUACAGAAGCCACUUCGGACAAGGAAUCAGAAAAGCAGCCCGAGAAGCCUCCAGAGAAAGAAGAGCCGGUAGACACCCGCACCCCUGAAACACAAACGGAGUCGAAUACGGAAGAGCAUGGCACUUCCGCUAGUGUCACCCGUACACCGUCCCAGGAGCCUCUCUACCAAGCCUUUGCAGACUCGUUGGACGAGAAAGAAGCGCCCGAGAAGCCAGAAACCCAGGAAACGGAUUUCCGUCCAUCCUCGCUUCCAGAUAUCCCAGAGAAAGCAGCCCAUAGCGCUUCUAAACAUCGAUCUACGCGGUCUCUUUCCUUCUCACCGGCCACCACAGGCUCUUCUAUAUUCUCACCCUCCAUUUCUAUCACGCAACAAAGUGAACCCAGGGAUGUGCCCUCUCCCACGGCUGAUACCAGCAACGCGGCUCCCCCACUAUCGAGAUCUCUUUCUGAUCACGGCACUGAUGCAGCUUCUACGAGCGACAGCAGGAGUAAUCGAAGCAACUCUAUGUUGGCGGAGAGCACCCAGUCGUCUAAGAGUGCGAAUGCAUCUCCGAGCCUGGCCCCUGGUCCAUUCGAGCCACGUCAAGCCAUGCUGUCUAUUGGAAGUGCUGCUGCAGCUGCUAAAAAAUGGGGUCUAAGUGUUCUCACUCGCAACGACCAGGGCCCUAAACCUGGGGAAGUCCCUGACCAUCCCGUUGGCCGUGGUCGGCCUCUUCCGCCUCCAGGCACGCCACUUCCGUCCCCUGGAAGAUUCAACUUUGGUUCCAUAGCAAUGCCGAAACGGAAGCCCGUUACCCCGUCUCCAGUACCAGAGCGGUCUCAAUCGGUAAUUGAACCCACGAGGUCUGAACCCAAGGUGCAGGUGCCAAAGAGACACGAUUCAAUGUUGGACCAGGACACUAAGAGCCAGGAGAUUCUUGUCAUCAAGGCGCCGGUUGGGUCAGAACCCAGCAGCCCAUCCAAGGAGAGCCAUGGUGCCGGAGGCAAAGUAGACGAGAGUGACGACGUGCCAGAUGCGUGGUCAAACGAGGUGCUCAUGGACUUCCAGGACUCCUCCAUGUCGGCUACUGAAUCUAUAUCCUCACCGUCAGAGCUAUCUGUACAUCGACCGUCAAAACGGCUGGAUCAUCUGAAAUUCGACUAG